AUGUGUAUGAAAAGAGAGUUCAUGUUCCUAACCAUUAUAAUUCCUGGGCCUUCUGCUCCAAAAAAAAGUAUUGAUGUGUAUUUGCGCCCCCUUAUAGAUGAACUGAAAAUGUUGUGGGAGGAUGGAGUUAUGACUUAUGAUGUCUCCUUGAAGCAAAACUUUUUGAUGAAGGCGGCUGUGAUGUGGACAAUCAAUGACUUUCCUGCGUAUGGUAUGUUAAGUGGUUGGAUGACAAUGGGAAAACUUGCUUGCCCGGUUUGUAUGGAGCGCUCUAAGGCAUUUUCUCUUGCAUAUAGUCGGAAGGUCUCUUGGUUUGACUGUCAUCGCCGAUUUUUACCAGAAGAUCAUGAAUACAGGACAUGUAAGAAGAAAUUUACAAAAGGUAAAGGUGAGACCUCAACUACUCCACGAAGGUUGACGGGUGAAGAAGUGUGGGAAAGAGUUAGACAUUUACCGAGUGUGGAGGAAUCAAAGGAAGAUCAUUCACAAGGAUAUGGGGUAGAGCAUCAUUGGACUAAACGAAGUAUAUUUUGGGAAUUGCCAUAUUGGAAAACUCUUCUACUCCCACAUAAUAUUGAUGUAAUGCACACUGAAAGAAAUGUUUUUCUCAAUAUUUUGUACACUGUAAUGGACACCAAAGGGAAAACAAAGGAUACCUUCAAGUCUAGGAAGGACUUGGAAGAAUAUUGUAUGCGUGGAGGUUUAGAAGUACAACAAACUGAGAAUGGCAACUUUUUGAAACCAAAGGCACAAUAUGCAUUAACCAAACAACAAAGACUAAGUGUUUGUGAAUGGGUUUCAGAUCUUAAGCUUCCAGAUGGUUAUGUUUCCAAUUUGGCCAGAUGUGUUGAUAGGAGUGAAGCAAAGUUGUCUGGCAUGAAGAGUCACGAUUGCCAUAGAGAAAUUACUUCAUCAUUGUUGAUGGAAAGUAAAUUGCACAUUAUGGAGGAAAACAUUCCAAUAAUUCUGUGCAAAUUAGAGCAAAUAUUUCCCCCAAGUUUCUUUGACUCAAUGGAACACCUCCCAAUUCAUUUGGCAUAUGAAGCAAGAGUCAGAGGUCCUGUCCAGUACAGAUGGAUGUAUCCGUUUGAGAGGUUUAUACGAACAUUAAAACAAAAGGUAACAAACAAGGCUCAUGUAGAAGGCUCAAUUGCCAAAGCGUAUUUGCUGGAAGAGAUGUCUACAUUUGCUUCAUAUUAUUAUCCUUCUGAUGUUCCAUCAAGGAGAACAAGGGUGCCACGGAAUGAUGGAGAAGGCUCAUCUGAGAAUCCGCCAUUGUCUAUUUUUAAUCAUCCAGGUCGUAGUUAUGGAAAAUGCAUCACAUCUACCUUGAAUGAUAAGGAAAUGGAAGCUGGACAUUUGUAUAUUUUGUUGAAUUGUCCUGAGGUGGUACCUUACAUCAACAUAUACUCAGAUCUUCUACGAGAACUAGAUCUAGAGAUAAAUGAUGAAGACUUGGACAAACAAAUUUCCAUGAGGUUUCCUACUUGGUUGAAAUCAUAUGUGCUUGACUCAAGAAAUCAAAUUGAUGAUGUGCUUUUGAAGAGUUUGGCAUGGGGUCCUCUUAAAAAUGUCAAGAAGUGGCGUAAUUAUAUUAUUAAUGGAUACAAGUUUGUCACAAAAUCACAAAAUGAAGGAAUGAGUACGACAGAUUAUGGUGUAUGUGUUAGAUGUGGGGAAAAUGAUUCAGUGGACAAUGAUUAUUAUGGGAUGUUAAUUGACAUUGUUGAGUUGGAGUACACUGGUAGCCCUACUAAGAAGGUGGUUUUAUUUCAGUGUGAUUGGAGAUACCCAAGUUAUGAUCCAUUCAUACUAGCUCAACAAGCAGAGCAAGUGCAUUUUUCAUCCUAUCCUGAAGGGCAACAAAGCUGGCUAGCUGUUAUAAAAACCAAGGCGCGUAAUGCCAUUCAAUUUUUGGGGAAAAAUAAACCUGAUGAUGCUUAUCAAGAUGAUGAUGUACAAGAAAUGCCCACAAUGGUUGCAAAUGACGAUCUUGAGGAAAUUCUUGUUGGCAUAGCUGAUGAAGGAGAAGAAUUACCAUGGAACCAAAUGGAUUUGAAAGAUUUAGAAGAAGAUGAAGAAGAAAUUGAAUACUCAACAAGUAGUGAAGAAGAGGAAGAACUUAUAGAAGAAGAUGGGAAUUCCGACUCUAACAUGGAGUAG